ACCAAGUAAAACAAGUCCUGAUCAGGCCCAGGAGCUUCAAGCAAAACAAAAACAAAGACACAUGACCGGAGGGUUCUCCUCAACACAACCAGAACAGAUACAAACCUGGAGAGUUCAGACGGUUAGACUCAUGGACCACAGACUGAUGGAUCACAGACUCAUGGAUCACAGACUCAUGGGUCCCACAGAGUCCAGAGAGCUGGACAUGGGGACCCACUCGGAGGACUCUGUCCUGGUCCUGAUCAGGCACUGCCGGGACAUGAAGCAGCAGGAGGGCCGGCUCAGGACCAUCACUCUGAUGCUGCUGCUCAGCUGCUCUGCUCUGGUUCUUUUCACCAGCUGGAGGACCCUGAAGGACCACCAACAGACUCAGAGCUCAGAGCCCGGCUUCGCUCCUCAGAAACAGAWUUUAUGCGCUGCAGGUGAGAGUGGAGGCAGGGGGCGGGGCAUCAUUCACCUGGAAGGAGAUGAACAUGUAUCUGAUAAAUCCUCGGUACCCUGGCUCCCCAGCCUCGAUGAGUCUCAGCUCUUGGACCAACAGAACCGCUCCGUCCUGGUUCCUGCAGAUGGAGUUUAUUUGGUCUACGUGAGGUUCUCCCUCAGCUGCAGCUCCUCACCUGAAGCCUUUUUCUCUGUGAAGCUGCUGCGCCUGCCCAAAGGCUACGACCGCUACGAAAACCUGACCUGGGUCCACGAAAGUCUGAACUGCCCCGGUCCCGAAAGGCCUCUGGUCCCGUUGUUUCGCAGCGUCUUCAUGGGUCAGCUCUUUGAACUGACGRAAGGAGACCGGCUCAGUGUUCUGCUGGUGAACGGGUCUGAGCUGGUCCAGAAGUCCUGGUUCGGCUUUUCUCUCCAGUGAGACCCGGUCUGUCUUCAGUUUCUGUUCCUAUUUCCAGGAUAAAAACACAGACUGGACCCGGGUCACGUCUCAGAACUGACCCUGUGGAACCAAACCAAGAGUCCGAGCCUUCAGUCCUGCUGGACGGACUCCUGCCCCUGGACCCUGAUCCUGUUUGUAGGAGGAGGGGGUCCGGUUCUGGGUCUGCUCUCCUCUUGAUUUAUUCUAUUUGUAUUUAAGCAGACGGACCUCUCUGAGACCCCUCCUGGUUCUGGAUCACGAUGUGGUUCUGCUGGUCUCAUCAGGUCCUGGUUCAGCUGAGGAGGUUCAGAUCUUUGGAAGUCCUCUGAACUGGUCUCAGUGUGAGGACAGGACCUGAACCCUGGUUUCUGUUUAUUUAUUUGACCUGCUGAUGUUCUGUUUGUCCUGUGGUUCUGAAUAAAAACAUCCUGAUUUCA